CCGCUGCAUCUAGGAGGAGGAUGUGGUGUACUAGAUGAAGAGGUUACACCAGCACUUAUUCUACAGAAAUAUAUUCAUAUAUUCUCAGCUAGAUUUGCUCAGGGUUGGGGGGACAGAGGAAUAGAUCUCACCUCUAGGCUAGCUGAUCAUGUUGCAAACAGAGGACCCCCGACUGAUUUCUCUGAUCCUGAACCUGAUUCUCCGGCUCUUCUCAAACCCAGACCUUUCUUUCGCAAGUUCUCCUUCAGAGGGAUUGCUCAUGGCAAAACAUUCAAUAUUUUUCAUAAACAGGGUUCGGAUGAAGUUGAACUCUCUAGCUCCGGGUGUAAACCAAGAGCUGAGAAGAAAACUAAGGUUGUGAAACUAUCUGUGGAGGUUGUAAAGGAGGGACAGGUCGCUUAUAUUCCAGGAGAUUGUGCAGAUGAGCCAGGGAACUGGGAGAAAUGUAAACUAUUAUUAGUGAAGGCUGGCGGAGGAUAUAUGCUUGAGUUCUGGCCGAGGUCAACCUCUAGACCUAAGACGGGUGUGUUCUGUGUCCUUAUCACAGAGGCCAGGGAAACUUCGGCUCUGGAGAUGCCAGACAAAGAGAAUACAUUUGUUAUUAAGGUUGAAGGUUCUGAGGAGUAUAUUAUUGAGACUGUGGAUGCUGUAGAGUGUAGGCACUGGCUGAUGCUAAUUCAAUCAAGUAGGCAGAACUCUGUAUCCAGGGUUAUGAUGAGGGACUCCUCCCUAGCUAGAGAUAGAAUAUUCAGACUUGGACUUACUGAAUCCCAAUCCAUGCAGCACUUUCACCCUGGAGGAUCACAGGACUAUCCUGAUGCUGGUCAACCUGUUAGCUUAUCUGACCUGCCUCCUAGACUAGCUGGGGAGCUUGGUGCUGCUGUUCGGUCCGUUCAUGGGUCAGCUUCCAGUAUCAGUAUUCCAGGAGAAGGUUCAGACUUGUUCAAUCUUCUAGUUGAGUAUCCUUGGUUUCAUGGUGUUCUCACUAGAACUGACGCUGCAGGGAUGGUUCUACAUCAGUCUGUGACAGGACACGGAGUAUUCCUUGUUAGGCAAAGUGAGACUAGGAAGGGAGAAUUAGUUCUUACCUUUAAUUUUCAGGGUAGAGCCAAGCACUUAAGAUUAACCUUGAAUGGAGAUGGACAAUGUCGGGUUCAACAUCUCUGGUUCAACACAAUCUUUGAGCUGCUGGAGCACUUCAGAGUUCAUCCUAUCCCUCUUGAGUCCGGGGGGCGGAGUGAGUGUACCUUGUCAGAGUUUGUUGUCAGACAAAAUCCAGGAUCCACAAUCCAGCAUUCAGGAGCAGACAGAUCCUUUCAUAAUCCUCCUCAAACAGAGGUUUGGACUCUUGGUAUAUCCAUACGCCGGCGAGCUGGUUCCCUUGAGGCGAUGAACGUCGAGGGUGGUAUGGCGGGUAGAGCCAAGGAUAAUCCAUACAGUUUCGUCUAGUGCGAUGGCGGGUGGUGUCCUCAGAUUACAGAAGACGAAAAUUCAUAAAUGAGAGAAAUGGUUCAUUAAUAUCAUAUUGGUUAAAACAAAACAAGUCAGAUUUCCUGGUUUCUAUUAGUUCCUGAUCGUAAACCAGUACAUGAUCAAAUUAAACUGAGACCGACAUUUUUUAUCUAAAAUAUGGGUCUUCAUGGUUGAGACAGUACCCCUUGACUGUUUAUUAUACAGUAGCCGAAGGGUCCGGCAUUGCCCGUGAAUUUAAAAAAUAAUUUCCGUCAUGAAAAACAAAUCGGAUUUUCUUCAGGCCUCUCAUACCCCGGGAUAUCCGUGGGUUUCCUUAAAAGAUGUCAGCCACUUUAGUCCAGCUGUUUGGCCAGCUAUAGCGAACAUAUAAAUAUAUAUAUAUGCAUAUGAGCGAAAAGCUUUAUAAAGACUUUAGAGCCUUAAUCGUAGGGACACUGAAUAAUUCCUUAUUUAUGGUGUUCUUGAUAAUUAACAAUCCCCCGCGCGACAACGCGUUAAAUCCCUAAUUUAAAAGUUUACACAUUGGUAAUCGAGUACAUGAUUGCUGUUGCUAAGCGCAAUACCUAGCAAAAGUUCAGGCCUCCUCUGAACUGAAUUCAUAAAUUUACCAUUUCUGUCACUUCUAGUCAUUAUUAACCUUCUCUGGACUGAAUUCAUAAAGGAACUGAGUUUUUGCCACAAAUUCAAAUAUUCUUAUCCCUAUAUCUUGGCAACCCAAUGUCAUAGA